GUGUGACUUGUAAUUUUGUCAAAAGAUGAGCAGGCUGUUUUUCAGGAAAGUCGAUUUCAAGGUGUGCCAUGUCCGACUUUGUAUCGCAGUGCUCGUUGUAACAACAUUGUUUUUUUACUUUUUGGCAUGUGUUUUAUAAAAUAAUUCUGUUUGUUUACUCUAUGGGGUUCUUUUUAUAGCAUCAAGAUUCUUUAGAGUGCUGUAGUCUAGAUCAAGGAGAACCCCUGUGGCAGACUGUGGGCGUAGGUCUUGAAACGGUGGUAGAAAUUCCAAGGCCAAGGAGGAAACGUCUUGAUUGAAAUCAUUCACCUUCUGAUUCUCUUGUGUAUAGAAUAUUAAAUAAUAAAUAUUAUAAACCACAACCAGAUGUUACUUACUUCAGUUCCAGAUCCAAUGUUGGUAUGGCUACAUCCAAAAGUGUCUGAUAAUGGUGUGGUGAAGUUGUGGAGUGCCAGUUCAGUUGACUUGCCGACAGUUACAGGGAGAAGACUGUUGGGCCUGUGCCUGUAACGAUGCAUCUCUCGGGUCUUUCAAGGACGGAGUGCCUGACCAUCACGUGUCCAGUUUGUAUUAAGUUGUUCAAUGAAAAAGAGCACCGUCCAAUAUCUCUGGGCUGUGGUCACACCGUGUGUAAAUCGUGCAUCAAACGCAAUUUGAAAGAGAACAGGUGUCCCUUUGAUCAGAUUGUGCUGCCUGAUGAUGUGGACAAGUUACCGGCCAACUUUGCGCUCAUGCACCUGGUGGGUGCCGCUGUGCCAGAACAGGAAAAAGAGGACACGACGACGGGCUCAAACUACCCAAAGUCGUACGAGGUCGCCCGCAGGUGUAUAGAGGACAUGGCCGUUCACCUGAAGCCGCUUGCAGAAAACGCGUCGGACGACGACGGCUCCACGUGCAGUGACCACAGCUCCUCUCGCAGCUCCAGCAAAAACAACAGCAACAACAGCGCCGUGGGCUGUACGGUGGCCACCAAGUGCGUGCUGAGUCGGCCCAUGCAGCGCAAGCUGAUCAGUCUCAUCCACUGUCAGCUGCUGGAGGAGGAGGGAAGAUCAAGGUCGGCCAGAAUCGCUCGCUCCCUCGGGGAACGCAUCGUCCUGGAACUGCUGACCCUGCAUCAGUACCCACACCAGCUGUCGGCGAGUCUGUGGGCGGCCGUCAGGACCAGGGGUUGCCAGUUCCUGGGUCCAGCUAUGCAGGAAGAGGUGCUGAAGCUGAUUCUUCUUGCGCUGGAGGGCGGGGCCUUCCUGUCCCGCAAAGUUCUGGUUCUCUUCGUGGUGCAGAAGUUGGAGCAGCAGUACCCACAGGCCUCCAAGACAGCCAUAGGGCACGUGGUACAGCUGCUGUACCGGGCCUCCUGUUUCAAGGUGAUGAAGCGAGAAGACGAGUCCUCCCUGAUGCAGCUCAAGGAAGAGUUUUGCCAGUACGAGGCUCUGCGCCGCGAGCACGACUCCCAGAUCGUACAGAUCGCCAUCGAGGCCGGGCUGCGCAUCUCCCCUGAGCAGUGGUCGUCGCUGCUGUACGGAGACCCCGCCCACAAGUCGCACAUGCAGUCCAUCAUUGACAAACACCAGAGCCCCCAGUCAUUUGCCCAGAGCAUCACGGAGCUGAUGUUGACGCUGCAGCGGAACAGCGACGUGUCGGGCCUGCAACAACUACAACCACAGCUAGAGUUCCUCUCCAGCAUCGACCCCAGUCCAGAGUGCCCGGCACCGUCCUGGGAGAACACGGAGGCCAUCAUGCGCUCUCUGGACACAGUGAUCAGCGCGUUUGUCGACUUCCUGUCCAACCCGGACCACCGGUCUCGGCUGGAGUCUGCGCCGGUGCAGAACACGCGCUACAAGACGUCCAUGUGCCGAGACUUCUCCGCCAAAGGCUCCUGCCCGCGUGGGAACACAUGCACCUUCGCUCACUCCAAUGAGGAGCUGGAGAGAUAUCGCUCCAGGUCUCGGAGAAGCAGCACCAAGCCAGGCUUGGGCCUCGUGGACAAGACGUCCUCGUCUCUGACGGCCGCCGAGAGCGACCAGCUGAAGCAGGUGCAGCGACUGUCACGGCUCAAACAGGAAGGCUCGACGGGCGAGGCAGCAGCUCCUCUCCCGACCCCCGACGGCCUUCGCGACGGUGUUCAAGGUCACCCCAGCGGGUCCCAACCGUGGCGACAUCACAACCACUCUGUGACCUUGAACGCACAAGACGCAGCUCAGCAUCAGAGCGUGGCACCCACUCCUAGAGGGCUGUCGUCGCUGGGUGCCGGCUCGGAGCUGAGAGGGGUUGCUAAGCAACUGGACCCUGACUCGUCACCAUACUUCCCUCAGGCGUCCAUUACGAUGACUUCAACCCAGCUCACGUUUACUCAGGGCACGGCUAGAGCCCCUGAGAGCAUGCGGGCCCCGACAGCUUGCCACCAGACCUGUUUCCACCCCCACAACCCCGGCCCCAGCCCUUUCUUCACCCACAUGCCCAGCGGCUGCUCCCACCUGCCCCCGGGCCACGACCCCCGCAUGACCUCUGUCCAGCCUCCCCCUGACAUGGGCGGGGGUCAGGGCGCGGGACCGUUCUACGUCCCGGUGGGUGGUGUGGUGAAUCCGCAGCAAAGACCGCCCACCGCACACCCACAAUCCCAGCACCCAUCAUCCGCUGGUAUGAACCCAGCGCCCAUGUUGAGGCCUGGUGCCCCCCCACCUCCCCCUCCCCCU